GUUAUGACGUACAACCUGGGAGGGAUGACCAUGACGGCGUAUGACACGCUCCGAAACCUCCAGGGCCAUCCCUGGAUGGCUAUUUAUUAUUUCACCGGAUCCGGGCGCGUCCGAUGCGAGUCCCAGCUUGUGAACCUGGAUUUGAUCAGUGCCUAUCAAUGGGUGCGCAAGGACUCGACACACAAGGACCCGGAGCAGCUGCGCAACAAGUUCUGGUCGGUGCUCGGUGGCCUGUUGGGAGGACUGCCGAGGCGUAACAUGUUGGUGCUGGGAGGGGAUUUCAACUCCAUGGUCGAGAAGGCCCCAAGCAUAGAGCGGUUGCUGCCAGCGCCACUGCCGACUGUCUUCCGCUGGCCGAACUCAACCAGCGAAGACCCGGCAGUGACUGAAGGGAUUCGCGAGAUGUGGCGACGGCACAGAGCCCUCAAGACCCGCCAGGCUGGUAGCGCACGUAAGCAAGUUUUCUCUGCGUGGAUCCGAUAUCGGGAUUUCAUGAGGGCGUGGAGGGCUCUGCGUGCCAUCAGCCGUAACGCUCGUAAGCGUUGGCUGGAGUCCCAGGUGACGCAGGCAGAGGAGGCAGCUGGAAAGCAUGAUAUGCGUACUGUUUAUAAGAUCAUACAACGCAUAGCGCCCAAACGUCGGUAUGAGCCGGUUCGCAUUCGAGGUGACGAUGGUAGAUUGCUCAAUAAGAAUCAGCAAUUCCAGGCACUCCUAGCCUACUUUCGGGCUGCCUUUGGCGGCACACCGCUGCCUGACUGCGAGUCUUCCUGUGCCGAUCCGCACUUCACGCUGCCAGAAAUAGAGCUAGCGAUACGCCAGUUGAAAAACGCCAAGGCUGUGCCAGCAGCCAGUCCCACGGCUGAAGUGUGGAAACAUUGCUCCCCAGAGCUCGCGGUGUACUUCCAGACCAUCUUUCAACACAGUAGGCUCCAAGAGCAGGUGCAAGAUUGGCUGGCCAGUAAACCUCAGUUCGCCUACAUAGCAGGCCGAUCCGGGGAUGAGGCAAUUAGCCGAGUUUUUCAGCGAUGCCGUAGCGCAAGGGAGAGCCUCAAAGCGGGGGCUGACAAUGUGCAUGCCAAGCGCGCGGGGGUGCCACGGGUAUCCUGCAGCGGCGGAGCGCUGUUAAGCAUUGACCUUUCACGAGCGUUCGACACUGUGCCCCGUCGAGCUCUCUCCCAGGCGCUGCGGGCCGCAGGAGUAGAUUCGGAGCUGCAUGACUUGGUUCUAGAUCUGCACGAGCACUGCCAAUAUGAGAUUUCUCAGGGUCAAUACGCUGAUAAGUUUGAUAUGCAGUGCGGAGUUAGGCAGGGGUGUUCCUUAUCACCCCUUCUCUACGCAAUAUUCACAGGGUGGGUCUACGACAUCAUAAAAGAUCGCACUAAUGAAGCCUGGGCGCGGGAAUUCAUUACAAUGUACGCAGAUGACACCGUACUCCAGUGGCAUGUGCGGAGCGUGCAGGUGCUCCGAGAAAUCGGGAUGAGCGUGAACUCUUCGAAGUCCAAGGAGCUGCUACAGUGGCUCAAAAACCAGCCGCAGGUUGAUGCGCAUGAGGUUUGUGGACAAUACUUCGGGUCCAUGCAGCAUUUGCUGUCGCAUCAUGCCCGCAAACAUCCUGAUGCCACGAUCCCGGCAGCGACAGGAGCCUACUAUGAGCAUACGGUCGAUGGAAUGCCAGAGUGCAGACAUUGUGGUGCUAAGUUCAACAGGGUUGCUGCCAUGCGCAAGCACCUGAAGGGGGCUUGCCCAGUACUCUUUGCGCAACGCAGAGCAACUGCCGCCGACGUCUCCACAGGGGAGGUACCCCAGCGGAGCGAGGAGCUGCUUACAGGGCACACGUGCCGGGCUCCUAUGGACGGUUGCUCAGAUGUUCCUCUUGUACAGCAGACGGAGUACUGUGCCGUAGCACGCACCAGCUGGAAACAAAUACUGCGCCAGCCUCACUUCGUCUGCAGCCUUCGCACGCAUUGCGCAGUUUGCCGACAGUGGCUGUCCAUGCAAGGGCCGGGAGUCAAACAGCAUUAUCGCUUGGCCCAUCCAAACAUCUGGAAUCUGAAGGCCGAAGCCGUGUCUAGAAGCAAGGGUUUGGGCCUCUCCUACACGCGACCCUGCAGCUACUGCCAGCAGGACUUCAAGGACCCUAGAGCGCACGUCCCGAGAUGUGGUGCGGUGUUUCAGGCCUCCAUAACUGCAUUGUGGAUUUCCCAGGACCAUGGCAGGCAGUGCGGAUCAGAGAUGGCGGAGGUGGCCCGGAGAGAGUACGCCGAGGUAAUGGGGGCCAUUCCGGCGCCCCUUCCCAGUCUGAUGACUGCCACGAGGCGCAAGCCGGAGGAGGACAAGGCCACGGAGGAAGACCGUCAACCCAAGUACCCACGCCCGGGCUCGGAGACUCAGAAAGGCCAGGGCCAACGACGGGGCAAGGGGAACUGGGGACGAAACAGCUGGGACAGCGCCAACUGGAGUCGUUCUUCCGGGUGGGGCGAACAGGGGGACACGGGCGACAAGCAGCCGAGCGAGCCGGACUACGCCACUCAGGCGCUGUUGCGCUCGAUGACCAAGCUGGUCAUCCGGCACGAAGAAGAGCUAGCUCGGCUCCGGGUGGAUACGUCGUGGAUGCUGUUCAUCGACACCCACGAGGAGGGAAUCCUACCCCUCCUACAACAAGCAGCGGAACAGUGGCAGAUCAAGUGCGAGGCCCGUGCAGUGACCACGGGGCUACGAACCGUCCUCUUUUUGGCCAUGGUCACCGAGGCCAAACGUCGCCUGGAGCUGAUGCUCGAGCCCGAGCAACAGCAGCGGGCCACCAACGUCGGCUGGAUGGGGCAGGGACCCACGGCGUUGACACCGGUGUGGAACUACCACGUCUGGAAUCCGGAACGGAUGCAGCAGGAGCGGUCGGAAAGACCGCCAUUGUGCCACCAGACGGCGUUGCAGCAUCUGCAGACAUUGAUCGACUGCUGCGUCAUCCCCAAUGUCCUGACACGCUGCAAGGCGACGCGGGGCCUGGAAGGGGAGCACACCAGCCCGGUGGUUCCGUUCAUGCUAUCCCUGUCCUUGAGGAACGAGGCCACAGCGCGCUGCCACCAAGCCCUCGCGGCCCUGGACGGAAACGCAAGCCUGAAGCCCUCGGGGGUUCGCCUCAGACCCGAGCGCGGCCAGCCGUCACAGUUGUGCCGGGAGUUGGCGGAUCACUAUCUCAAGGUCUCCUACACGGACACGGCGCGCCCCAAGGCGAGGGCGCAGAAGAAGCCAUCGCCGCCCCGGACGACGCAGGUCCCACAGGCAACAUUGCAAAACCCGCAUUCGCUGUGCUACAUGAACUCAGUCGCACAGUCCAUUGCCUGGCAGGGUCAACUUUCCUCGGCGCCAUUGCUCUGCUAUGGACAAGCCAGUUUUGCGCUGCAGAUGGUGCUGCGCCCAGGUAGGCCUACCCUGCAUCGUAGCCUCCCCUGGCUCCCCUAUGUGCAGACAUGGUCACACGUAGCGCAGCAGCAUGACGCCAGUGAAUAUUUCCAACAUGUUCUCCGCAUAGCACAGCCACCUGCCUACGAUGGCGCCUGGGAAGCCCGAUACUCCAAUCCACACCAGGUCACGGAUGGUGGCACACUGCGGAGCCCCCUCUUGCUGGAGGCUUGUGGACCGGACUUGCAAGCAGCCGUAGAUAAUUGGCAUGUCCAGCCUGCUGUUCAUGCCCUCAAUCAGCAUGCGGGGCUUGUUUUGUUGCCAGGCGCGGUGAUUGGGGUGCCGCGCUUCACUGCCAGCACCGGACUACAAGUCCGCCACUAUCAGGCUGCCCUCAGUGUUCCAAGCCCUGCAGCUGUGGCUGCCCAUCCCGAGGCCUGGUAUCAGACUGCACUGGAGGAGUCCCUUCUCCUGGACGCGCUUCGCCAUCUGAUCCCUGAUGAGCGACCGCUGUGCAUACCACCGGCCGCUUCAAUGGCAUCGCGCAAUGACAUCAUUGAGCUGGCAAGAAAGCUCUUGUCACCAGCGGAGUAUGAAAAUUUCUUGCUGUAUGCGAACGCAUUGAGCCAGCAUCUGCUCCACAUGACGGAAGACCUCUUUCCUGCUGCACCUGCCUGUGACCUAGGGCCACCGGCCCAUCCAGCAGAAGCGACUGCUCGGCUAUACAUGGACGUGCAGCAAGGCUCACUUUGGACGGCUGUCCGGGCCAUUGUCGUUGAAUUGCCCUUCAAGACGCAGCAGCGCCAGCUCUCAGCCAAGCCUGUACUGACCUUCAGUGCUGGAGCUUAUGGGCAUCGAUCAUACGUUGGACUGCACAAGCACACGCUGCAGACGCCGACAGUCUGUCGCAUGGUCAACGCUCUGAUCCGCGGCCUC